GGUGCCCGUCCCCUGCCUGCAGGGCCCCCCCCGCAGGUGCCCGCUCCCUCCUGUGUCACCUAGCGUGCGCCUCGCAGGGCCAGGACUGACCCAGCGGUCCGCAGGACUACUAUGUGGUCAUCCUGUGCCCCACCGAGAUGGACAUCCAGGUCCGCCGGGUCCUGCAGAUCCCCCUGUGGUCCCAGCGGGUCAUCUACCUCCAGGGCUCCGCCCUCAAGGACCAGGACCUCAUGCGGGCCAAGAUGGACAACGGGGAGGCCUGUUUCAUCCUCAGCAGCCGCAACGAGGUGGACCGCACGGCAGCGGACCACCAGACCAUCCUGCGGGCCUGGGCUGUGAAGGACUUUGCCCCCAACUGCCCGCUGUACGUGCAGAUCCUCAAGCCGGAGAACAAGUUUCACGUCAAGUUUGCGGGUACAGCUUGGGGCACACGUGGGCACCUUGGGGACCUGGGUGCUGCUGGGUCCAGCCUCAGACCCUGGCCAGUGAGGGCAGGCCCGGCCGGAGGCCCUCCUCUGGGCCUCUGUGGCCUCCAGGGCCCAGCGGCUGGGAGGGUGUGA